AUGCUCGAGGCUGAAGACCAAAAUGGCUGGCUUAGCCUUCCGCUCGACUUUGUCCGUCGCCUCGCGCCGGAUCGCUCGGCAAAGCUCUCGUCGUCCGCCCGCAGGCAGGCCAUCGUCCUCCUCGCUGCCGUUCUCAAAUGCGGCUGGCUUGACGCAUCCGACGAGCUCUGCAUCUCUCGCAUUAGCGUUUUGACCGAGCCGCUCCAUGCCGCCUCGGGAUCGCCCGAGGACGAGCUCCAUCUCGAGAUCCUCGUCCAUGUCGUCGAGCAGUUCUCGCCGCGCCAUGACACCACCCGCAUCGGCCUGCCUGUGGAAGCCCACCUUGCCACUGCCGCUACCUUUCAGAACUUGGCCCUUCCGCGCAUCUUCCACGCCGCCGGCUGCCUCCUCGACCUUAUCCUCGAGUGGAACUUUGACCUUCCUUCCAUCGCCGCCGCCCCAGGCUCCUCGCGCGCACUGCAAACGUCGUCGUCGAGCUGCCCACUCCUCCCCCCACAAGAGUGGUGGGAGGUUAUCCUCUGCGACCCGUUCAUCACCGCCAUCUUUGCCCUCUACCGCCGCUGCGCUGACGCUUCGCCGGCGACCCACCUCCGCAAUCUCAUUCUCCGCCUCUCCUCGCUAGACGUCGCAAGAAUGGUGGCGGAUGCAGGCUCCGACGUUCUCGCCUUUGCCGGCCACAUCGACGCCCUCCUCCUCGCUCACAUCUUUGAAAUCCUUGCCCGCUCUGGGCCCGAGCCCGAGGUCCUCGCUAUGGCCGAGGCCAUCAGCAACGUCGUUGUCCAUGGCACUUGGGCCACCCUCACCGCUGCGCCCGAUGCCGAAGCUACCCUCGCCUCCAUGUGCGAGCUCACGCGUUCGCUCCUUGUUGCCGCCUCAGGUGACGACCUUGACGACGAGUGGCUCUUUGAGGCCUACGACCACCUCCACGUUGCAUGGGUUCACAUGGCCACCUCUACCGACUACUCCGACGCCGCGCCGUACCUCGCCUCGUCGCUUGAAGCCUUUGACGCCGACGCCGCCCUUGCCCUCGACCGCGUCGUUGACCAGAUGCGCGGUCACGGCCUGCUCGCCCGCCUCGCCCUUGGUACCAACCUUGCUGCUCUUCGUGAUUGCAUCGACUCGGCGCUCGGCUCGCUCCUCUCUGCUCCGCACGCUUCCGAGGCUCUCCGCUGGUCGCUCUACAUGCUCGCCUUUGUUCUCUGCGACGUGCCCGAGGAGUGCUCGCUGCCCAUCGUUGCGCCCGCUCCGCUCGCCGCCACCGUCGACCUCACCUCGCCGUCCGGCUCGUCGCCCGCAUCAGCUCGCCUCUCCUCUGACGUCCCGCUCAUCCCUGACGCUGUCAUUGCCGUCAGCUCUGGCUAUGACGAAGAGCCCGACAGUGACCCGGUCCUCGGUGUUGCCUUUGCCGUCCUCGGCCUCCUCACCCAGCCUGAGCUCCUCGCCCGCCUCCCACUCUCCACCUCGCGUGCCAUCCUUGCUUUUGUUGGCAUCUGGGCCCGGACCUACGUCCUUCCGCAGCGGCAGGACUACGCCGCGCUCCCGAGCCAUUUUGCCGCCGCCCUCUCGUCAAGUUCACUCGUCGAGUCGCUCGUCUCCGCCGUUGUCCUCCAGCUUGAGCUCUGCGGCUCGGCAUGGCGGGUUCAGCGCGAGAAGCUCGGCCUCGCCGCCGCUGCCUCGCACAUGCUCUCCUCGGUCAUGGACUCGCGCCCGCUCGCCCGCGUCGCCCUCGCCGCGCCCUCGCUCCCGGCGCUCUACACAGCUUACCGUGCUGUCUGCGACGAGCACCCGUCGCUCGACCUGGCGCCGGACGCCGCCGCCACCUCGGUCGCCUUUCACUACCACAUGCACUACGCCCUCGGCGCCAUGCUCGAGGGCGGUGUCGACCGCUCGGACCUCAUUCAGCCAGCAUUUGACCAGAUCUGUACUCCGCUUGUUGCGCGUACCCUUGCUACCCUCGAGCCACCGCUGAACCUCAGAAACCUCGAGCCAGUCACCUCAAGCCUCCUCACCGAGCAUCUCGCCUCCCUCCGCGGCAUUCUCUCGGUCUCGGUUCCUGUCACCGCCACUCCGCUCGCCGGCCUGCUUACCGGCUCGGACCUUGGCGGCCGCCUCGUUGAUCUUCUCGGUGCCGCUCUUGCCGCCAUCGCCAGCCUUGGUGACGAUGCCUCACCUCCUGCUGCCGACGUCUACGCAGCCAUUGCCACCGACGUGGUCGCGGUCUUUGGCGCCGCCGCCGCCGCACAGCUCCCGCACUUGGACCUUGACGCCAGCUCGGAUCUCUGCGCCACCGUUUUUCACGUCGUCGAACUCGCCGCGCAGUUCUGCGCCGCCGCGUCGGAGCUCCGCGCAGCCUCCGACGUCCUGCCCGAGCUCCUCGCCCUCGUCCUGGGCCUGGUCCACUCGGUCGGGCUCAAGGACAUGUUCGAUUUUGGCGGCUCUGGUGAGUCGCUCACAGACCUUGUCUGCGCCUUUGUCAUGCAGGCUCUCGCGUCGCUGCUUCCGGUCAUCGAGCCGAAGCACAUCCGUAUCCCUGGCCUCGCCGCCGCCGUCUUUGGCCUCCUCGAGUUUGCCUCCUCGCGCUGGCCGGCCGCCGUCGUCGAGCUCGACCCCCCUAUCUUUGCCGCCUUUAACGCCAUCGCCACCUACGGCCUUUACGACGCACACCAGCCGCUUCAGGCCAAGCUCGCGCUCGACGUCCUCUCCAACGUUCUCUUCUACCACGGCUCCCAGCUCGCUGCCGGUCGCGAGCCGCACCUCGGCCGGCACAUCGACGCCAACCCGGAGCUCCUCACCAGCCACCUCCUCUCGCUUCUCCAGGCCACGCUUCUCGAUGAGUUUGAUAUGAACCUGCUGCCGGCCGCCUCUAGCGUCCUCUUUGCCCUCAUCUGUACCAUCUCGUCUGAGUUUGAGGAGCUGGCCCUCUCGCUCGUGAGCUCAGUUGCCAAGCCGCAUCUCCAGCAGCGUCUCAUCGACGCGCUGCACUCUCUUGGCGACGCCAUCACCCCACGCUUCGAGCGCGCCCACCGUCGCACUUUUGCUGCCGCCUUUAAGACCUUUGUCUAUGACGUGCGGCCGUUUCUCUGCAUCAAGUAA